AUGUGGGAUAUGUCUGGUGACGGUUAUGCUCGUGGCGAAGGCGUUGCCGCCGUCGUGCUAAAGACAGUAUCACAGGCCAUCGCCGAUAACGACACCAUCGAGUGCAUCAUUCGAGAGACAUCUGUCAACCAAGACGGCCGAACACCGGGACUCACCAUGCCCAGCAACGUCGCACAAGCAGCCCUGAUCCGCGAUUGCUACGCCCGUGCUGGCCUCGACCCCAUUCACAACCUCGCUGAUCGACCGCAAUUCUUCCAGGCUCACGGGACCGGCACCCAGGCAGGCGAUCCACAAGAGGCUGAGGCCAUCGCAACGUCCCUGUUCCCGACUAGGACAUGUGGCGCCGCUGAUAAACUGUUUGUCGGAUCGAUUAAGACGGUCAUCGGACACACGGAGGGCACUGCGGGCAUUGCCAGCAUCAUCGCAAUGUCGCAGGCGCUCCAGAGCGGCAUGGUCCCGCCGAAUCUGCACUUUAACAAACUGAAUCCAAAAGUUGCUCCUUUCUGUGAUCAUCUCACUGUUGCGACAAUUCCGACGCCGUGGCCGACCACGGACGGGCAAGUGAAGAGGGCCAGUGUGAACAGUUUUGGAUUUGGGGGGACCAACGCCCAUUGCAUUGUCGAAGAAUAUAUCCCGAGCAAAGAGGCGAGCAGGAUCCCCGGGUCGCCUCUGCUAUUCACACCACUCGUGUUCUCGGCUGCUUCUCCAGUGGCACUUCGAACGACGGUGUCAUUGUAUCUCGACUAUAUGAAAUCAAGUAACGGCAUUACCCUUCAGGACCUUGCAUACACGUUGCAGUCAAGGCGGUCCACACUUGCAUAUCGCUGGGCAAUCGCAGCGGUGUCUGUACAGGAUGCCAUCCAGGCUCUCGAGGCCAUUACCAAAUCGCCAGAUGGCCUGGCAACAAGAUUCAAUGCGCCCGGCUCACCUGCCAAGGUACUUGGAAUAUUCACAGGACAGGGCGCGCAGUGGCCACGCAUGGGCGCCGACCUCAUCGAAUCGUCGCCAUAUGUCGCCUCACGGAUCGGUGAUCUGGAUGCGGCUCUUCAAAGCCUCCCAUCUCCUUCGGAGCGACCAACUUGGACGCUCCGAGACCAACUUCUCGCCACUGCAGCGACGUCCCGCGUUGCCGAAGCAGCCGUGGCGCAGCCCCUGUGUACGGCAGUGCAAAUCGUGCUCGUUGACAUUCUACGUGCCGCGAACGUGGGUUUUGACGCCGUCGUCGGCCACUCCUCCGGCGAGAUCGGCGCGGCGUACGCGGCGGGCUUCAUCUCGGCGAGGGAUGCCAUCCGCAUCGCCUAUCUGCGUGGCCUAUAUGCCAAGCUGGCCUUGAGCACCAGCCCUAGGUCUCCCAGAGGCGCCAUGUUAGCCAUAAGCGCCUCGUCAGAGGAUGCCCGGGCGCUAUGCAGGGACCCUCGGUUCUUGGGCCGGAUUCAAGUCGCAGCGGUGAAUUCGAGCUCGAGUACUACAUUGAGCGGCGAUGAGGACGCCGUGGACGAGGCGGAGCAGAUGCUCAAGGACAGAGGGAUGUUUGCCCGGCGCCUCAAAGUCGACACAGCGUACCACAGCACUCAUAUGAAUUCAUGUGCGGGGCCCUACCUUGCAUCGCUGGAGAGCUGCGGUAUCAGCUCGACGGCCAUGGAUCCCAAGGACAAGACAUGCACUUGGAUCUCUAGUGUGUUCAACGGCCAGUCAAUGGAUGCCUCCAAGUUGAAGGCCCAGUACUGGAUCGACAAUAUGUGCAACCCAGUCCUCUUCGAAGGAGCUCUGUCCCGGGCUAUGAAGGAGACUGGUACUGUCGAUUUUGUCAUUGAGGUUGGCCCCCAUCCCGCUCUCAAGGGUCCCGCAACGGCAACCACCGGCGAUGUCCCUUACACUGGGCUUCUUGCGCGCGGACAGCGUGAUACGGAGCAGCUAAGUUCUGCUCUGGGCAACAUCUGGACUCGACUGGCAUCUGGCAGCGUGCAAUUCUCCGCCGUCGAAUCAUUGCUGUCCGGUGUAAAGCAUGGGAUGACCAUGCUGAAAGAUUUACCUCCCUAUCCGUUCGACCAUAACCAGACCUAUUGGACUGAUAGCAGAAUGGCAAAUCACUUCAAGCAUCGUCGGGCUGUCCACGUCCCCAACCCGGUCCUCGGGUCCGCAUGCUCCGAGGCGACCACACCGGGUGAGUUCCAGUGGCGCAACGUGCUCAAGCCCAGCGAAAUAUCCUGGCUUAGGGGGCACAUGCUUCAGGGGCAGAUCGUGUUCCCAGCCACGGGAUACGUCAGCAUGGCGGUCGAGGCUGUGCGGGCCCUGGUCCUCGACUCCAACUCCAACGCUGCGAUUCGGAUCAUCAAGCUGACUGACAUUGAGAUUCCCCGCGCCCUCACCUUUGACGACGACGACUCAUGCGUCGAGACGAUCUUUAGCGUCUCGUCAGUCAUCAUCGGUGAUAGUUCCGUAUCCGCGGACUGGGCUUGCUACUCAGUGCCUGAGGGCAGUGGCAGCGCCAUUUUGAGCGCAAAAGGGCACGUAUCUGGCGACUUAUUCCCAGCCGUGCCUGAUGCGCUCCCCACCGCAAGCGAAAGCGCCUACAACCUCGUCGAUAUCGGGGAAGAAACCUUCUAUAAGAACUUGACAAGCGUCGGCUAUGGCUACUCUCCACCGUUCCAGGGGCUCUCGAAAAUCUGUCGCAGGCCCAGGUACAGCAUCGGCACUCUAGUAGAUCAGUCGGGCUCGGCCUGGGAUGACAAGCUCGUCCUUCACCCAGGCAUGCUAGACACGGCUCUACAAUCCAUCUUUGCCGCGUGGUCGUUCCCCGGCGACACCCACCUGUGGUCGCUGCGCGUCCCGGUCUCCAUCGCUGCGAUAACUAUCAACCCUUACUUCACUCCGCUUGGUAGUGGCGGCAAGCAACAGUCUAUGCGUUAUCAGUCCUUUAUCCGGGCUCUAGAGCCGCUUCAGGUGGUUGGUGACGUCCACCUGCAGACGGAGAACGGCUGUUGCACCGUACUCCAGUUCGAGGGCGCCACAUUGGUGCCGUUUUCUCGGGCGACUGCUAAAGACGACGUCGCCAUUUUCUCACACUUCAAGCACAAGGUCGCUUCGCCGGAUGCCUCGCUGGCAGUUGUGGAAGAUGCCCUGCCGAGAGCCUUGGUCCAGCUGUAUAAGGACGUGGAGCGCGUUGCGUACUGGUUCGUACGAAGCGUCUCGCUCGCCAUCCCCAUUGGGGAGCGACACGACCUGCUGCUUCACUUUCAACACUAUUGCCGAUGGUGCGAUCAUAUCGUGGACAUGGUGACCCGCAGAGUGCAUCCCAAGGUCCCCACGGAGGCCAACGCCGACACUCGACAGCAUGUUAACGACAUCCUCGCCCAGUAUCCAGAGCGCAAGGACGUUCAGUUUGUGCGUGUCGUCGGCGAGAACCUGGUCCCCGUAAUCCGGUCGGGCACGACUAUGCUGCAGCACAUGAACCAAGAUGAACUCCUCUUCGCCUUCUACGAAGAAGGGUCCAUAUGCUCUGGCCCGUCGCAAAGCUGGCUGGCGCGCAUCGUUGCACAAGUAUCCAACCGUUUCCCCGGGCUCAACGUCUUCGAGGUCGGCGCCGGAACGGGCGCCACGACCAAACCCGUGCUGCGGGAGCUUGGCGACUCGUACGGCUCCUACACGUUUACCGACAUCUCGAGUGGCUUCUUCAUCGCCGCCGAGAAGCUUUUCGCCCAGGAUGCGAGUCGCAUGGUCUUUCAGACGUUCAACAUGGAGCAUGGACCCCGGGAGCAGGGAUUUACGGAGUGUUCAUACGACGUCGUUGUUGCUGUCAACGUGCUCCACGUCUCAGCUGACCUCGAGUCGUCGCUUUCGAACAUCCGUCGGCUCCUGAAGCCAGGAGGGUUCCUGGUUGUUGGCGAGUUCACUUCGACAAACUGGCUGUUCAGUGGUAUGACGGUCGGCACCCUGCCUGGCUGGUGGAUCGGAGCCGAAGCAGGUCGCUCCUGGGGUCCGCUGCUCACGCUCAGCGGCUGGGACACUGUUCUCCGGAAAUCAGGCUUUGGGGGCAUCGACACCGUGACUCCCGACUUCAACGGGACGCUGCCCAUGAACGUGUUUGUAUCCCAAGCCGUCAACGACCAGAUCAGCCUGCUUCGCGAGCCCCUCGUAUCCAAGGAGCGGCCCCCCGGCGUGCGAGCCGAUGGACUGGCCAUCAUUGGCGGGAGCACCUGGUCCGUCCAUAAGCUUGGGCGCGAGGUUGUGGACAUCCUGUCGCAUCGUUACCAUGACAGUCAUGUUUUCGUCACAAUGGAGGACUUUGUGUCGUCGAGCCUGACGCGCGAGCACGCCGAGAGCACCACCGUCCUCGUCCUCACUGACCUUGAUAGGCCGUACCUGAAGGACAUCACGGCUAACGGCUUUGAGGCGCUCAAGAGGCUCUGGGCCGCAGCUGGGACUCUUGUCUGGGUCACGCGCGGCUCACGAGAUGGCACCGCGCCCUACGGCCGCAUGAUGGGCGGCAUCCUCCGUACUAUCAAGACAGAGUACCCAAACCUCAACCCUCAAAUGUUCGACCUUGAGGUCUCCCCCACGGGGAGCCAGCGCGAGACGGCGACGAUACUUGCCGAGAACUUGCUACGGCAGCAUGCCCUUGGCAGCUGGCGCCCCAGCACUGGCUCGUUGUUGUGGACGCUGGAGCCAGAGGUCUUCCUUAGCAACGGCCGGCAGCUCAUAUCCAGGCUGCUACCGGACAUGGACAAGAACGAGCGCUACAAUGCCUUAAGGCGAAGCGUGCUCACCACAGCCAGGCCGGUCACCGACUCCCUGCAGCUCUUGGGAGUCGGCAAUGGGCCAGACCGUCGGCUCGAGCUAUACAAGGUCUCGCCACUGACGCUGGCCAACGUUCCGGGAGACAACCCCCGCACCGUCAAGGUUUUAUGGUCGUCACUCCAGAGCGUGGCAGUUGGUUCAGUCGGCUUCUUGAGGAUAUGUGCGGGAUUCGAUAUGAAAUCAGGGGAGACGGUCCUCGCCCUCACUAGUUCGACCGAAUCGCCAGCAACUGUUCCCGCUGCAUGGAGUAUUCCGCUAGCCAAGCUCCCGACUGCUUCAAACAUGGUGUCCGUGGCCGCCAGUAUUCUCGCCCACAGCAUCAUUUCUCGGACUCCCGAAGCGACCACUCUACUGGUCCAUGAACCAGACAUCGCCCUGCAGAGAGCCAUACAGGUCAAAGCCGAGGCCAAGAACGUCCACGUCGUCUUCACCACCAUCGAGCCGCAGCGGGAGCAGGGCAGCCAAGCAUCAGUCUUUGUGCACCCCAACAUCUCGCUGCACGCCAUUCGGUCUGUUGUCCCCACUUCAACUGCCGUCUUUGUCCACUUCUCCCGCGGCACCAGGUCUGAUGCCGCCCGAGACUCCAUCAUAAGAGUGCUUCCACCGGCGUGCCUUCGACUAGGCGAGGAGACUGUCGUGAGCCACCAGGUCAAAACGUUUGGUGCAUUUUCUCCAGCCACAGAUCUUGCUUUCUUAUUGCAGACAGCCUGGGAAGAUGCGUCGGGAGCAUCGACUCGUACUAAGGCUCGGGCCAUUACACUCGAUGACGCAUCGCGCCACACCGCCGUGGGCGAACCCUUGGCCGUGGUCGAUUGGAUGGCCACCGAUACCGUUACCGCAAAAGUGCAGCCCAUUAACACGGGAACACUGUUCCAAAGCGACAAGACAUACCUCUUCGUCGGCAUGGCCGGAGAGCUGGGCCAGUCCAUCGCAACCUGGAUGAUCUCGCACGGGGCGCGCUGCGUGGUUCUCACCAGCCGCACGCCCCAAGUCAACCCAUCAUUCGUCCACGACAUGCAUAGUCGAUACGGUGCGGUUGUCAAGGCCCUGUCCCUGGAUAUCACGUCCCGAGAUUCCCUCUGGUCCGUCCACAAGCACAUUACGGGGUCGCUUCCCCCUAUCGCAGGCGUCAUCAAUGGCGCCAUGAUCCUCCAAGACGAACUCUUCGCCAACAUGUCGCACUCGUCCUUCUCUCACGUCGCCGCGCCCAAGGUGCUCGGCACACAGCUUCUCGACGAGCUCUUCCACGACGCACCGCUCGACUUCUUCAUCGUCACGUCGAGCCUGUCCACCGUAAUCGGCUGGAGCGGCCAGAGCAAUUACUCGGCCGCCAACGAGUUCAUGACGGCGCUCAUCAGCCAUCGGCGCGGGCGCGGCGUCGCCGGCUCCGCUGUCAACAUCCCCGGCGUGCGUGGCGUCGGCUAUGCGGCCAAGGAGGGUCACUUCGACUUUGACUACCUCCACUCCAUCGGAUAUACGAGCAUCAGCGAGGAGGACCUGCAUGUGCUCUUUGCCGAGGCCAUUGUCUCUGGUCGUCCAGGGCAGGAUGUCGCCACGGAGCCACAGGUGGCCAUGGGCGUCGGCUAUGUUCCCGCAGACCUCGAAGUAAAGGACGUGCACAGGCGCGACGCCAAGUUUGGGUACUAUGUUUUACGGAAAGAAGUCACCAGCAGCGCCACACGAGCAACGAGCGGUGACAGCGCAGCCCGCGUGCCCCUCAAGGUGCAGCUCCAGGCCGCCAAGGGGCUCGACGAGACGUACGCAGUCAUACGGGAGGCGUUUGUCGCGUACUUCCGUCGGAUGCUGCGCAUCCCCGAGGGGCACUUCGUUCAGGACACUGGGACGCUGGUGGAGCACGGCGUGGACUCGCUAGUCGCCGUGGACAUUCGCUCGUGGUUCCUUAAGGAGCUAAGGGUGGACAUCCCGACGCUCAAGAUCCUCGGCGACGGCAGUAUCGCCGACCUCGUCAGCCUGGUAGUGCAGAAACUGCCCAACUCGGCGGGCGAGAAGGAGGCUCGGCAUCAAGACGCUGCAGGGCCCCGCGUAAACACGGCUCGUGUGCUAGAUUCUGAGCAGACUCGCGGCGCGACGGAACAUUCGUCGCCGCUAUCGGCGGGGAGCCCGAUUUUUACCCCUCGAGAGGACAUGCCCUUACUAUCAGAGUAUACGACCUCGCCGUCUGAGAGCGUCUAUGGGGAAAAGAAGGACGGUUAA